AUGUUACCCUACACAGCUGCCCUGUUUGCCCUCUUCGGGGUGGCCUUGGCGGUUCCUAUGGAAAAGAGAAGUUCUAGCUGGUCUUUCUUGGGCUGCUAUACGGAUAACGUCUCGGGAAGAUCCCUGGCGGAGGGUAUUCCUGCUCCUGGGGGAGCGACCAACAUGACCGUACAGAACUGCCAGGCCGGGUGUCAGGCUUUGGGUUUCACUCUGGCUGGUUUAGAGUACGCCGAUGAAUGCUAUUGUGGCAAUACCGUACAGAAUGGUGGCGGUCCAGCCCCAGAUGGAAGUACCGGCUGCGACAUGGUGUGUGCUGGGAAUUCUGCCGAAAUUUGUGGAGGGCCCAAUCGCCUGGAUCUGUACCAAUAUGGAACUGCUGUAUCCACCACUACGUCUAUCACCACGGUAGAGUCGACCACUCAUGCAACCACGACUGCCACAUCUACAGGCUCAUCCAACUACUGGUACGAGAAUAUUGAUCACCAGGGAAUUUCCGCCUUUGGGCCCUCUGGAUAUACGGUCUAUCGAAAUGUAAAGGACUAUGGUGCCACAGGAAACGGUGUGACUGAUGAUACGGCUGCCAUCAACGCUGCCAUCAGCGAUGGCGGUCGUUGUGGUGAGGGCUGUUCAUCCAGCACCACCACUCCGGCAGUGGUAUAUUUCCCGGCGGGAACCUAUUUGAUCUCCUCAUCUAUUAUAGACCAGUACAACACCAUUUUGCUGGGGAAUCCGAACAGCCUACCGACGCUAAAAGCUAGCUCCAGCUUCUCUGGCUUUGGCCUGAUUGAUGGAGACAAAUACUAUACUGCAUCACUCAAUUGGGGCUCAACAAAUGUCUUUUACCGGCAAGUGCGUAAUUUUAUCCUAGACAUGAUGAGUAUCCCAGCUACUUCCUCGGCUACUGGAAUCCAUUGGCCCACGGCCCAAGCAACGAGUCUGCAGAAUCUCAUAUUCCAGAUGAGCUCGGCAUCAGGCACGCAGCACGUUGGUGUUUUUUGUGAAUCGGGUUCUGCUGGUUUCCUCACCGAUUUAACUUUUAAUGGCGGCUUAAAUGGCAUCCAGGUUGGCAACCAGCAAUUCACUAUGCGCAACUUGAUUUUCAACAACUGCGUCACCGCUAUCAAUCAGCUGUGGGAUUGGGGCUGGGUGUAUCAAGGCAUCACCAUAAACAACUGCCAGACCGGUAUUGACAUGUCCGCGGGUGGGUCAUCCAACCAAGCAGUGGGCUCAGUGAUUCUUGUGGACAGCACCAUCACCAAUACCCCGGUGGGAUUGCUGACGGCAUUUACCGAGAACGUGGCCAAUAAUGUGGCUAACGGCAGCCUCAUUAUUGACAACAGUAUCUUCACUAAUGUCCCAAUUAUUGUCAAGUCUACCUCCGCGGGCACUGUUCUGGCGGGCAGUAGCGGCAGUAUGACGGUAGCUGGCUGGGGUGAGGGCAACAGCUACACCACUUCCGGCCACACACGCUUCCAGGGCUCUUUCACCCCCAUCACUCGACCUUCAGCACUCCUCAGUGGCUCCAACUAUUACGUUCGAUCCAAACCCCAGUAUGCUUCCCUCGUGGUCUCAUCUUUCCAGAGCGUGCGCAGUGCCGGUGCCACUGGUAAUGGGGUCACGGAUGAUACGAGCGCGUUACAAAACGUGAUCAACAGUGCCACGGCGGCUGGACAAGUGGUGUUCUUUGACGCUGGUACAUAUAAAGUCACCAGCACCUUGCUGAUUCCCCCAGGAGCGAAACUGGUUGGCGAGGCAUAUUCAGUGAUCAUGUCCAGCGGCAGCUACUUUAACAACAUCAACUCCCCCCAACCUGUCGUUCGCGUGGGUACCGCCGGACAAGCUGGCCAGGUCGAAUGGUCCGACAUGAUUGUUAGCACACAAGGUGCCCAGCCUGGGGCCGUUCUGAUUGAGUGGAACUUGGCUGCCUCCGGGACUCCCUCGGGGAUGUGGGAUGUCCAUGCCCGCAUUGGAGGCUUCACCGGCUCUGACUUGCAGGUGGCUCAGUGCGAAAAGACUCCCUCUAGCACAUCUAUUGACUCCACAUGCAUCGCCGCCUAUAUGACUCUGCAUGUGACAACUUCAGCCUCAAACCUGUACUUGGAGAAUGUUUGGCUGUGGACCGCUGACCACGACAUCGAUGACGCCUCAAACACCCAAAUUACCGUUUACAAUGGGCGCGGUCUCUACAUUGAAGGUACCGCCGGAACAUUCUGGCUAGUCGGAACGUCGGUCGAACACCACACCCUGUACCAGUAUCAGUUGGCCAAUACUAAGGAUGUUUACAUGGGAUUCAUUCAGACAGAGACACCCUAUUAUCAACCCAACCCUCCAGCGCCCGCACCGUUCACUGUGGUGUCCUCAUUGAAUGACCCCAACUUUUCUACUUCCUGUUCUGGCCAGUCAUCAAACUGCAACGACGCAUGGGGUCUUCGAAUUGUGAGCUCCGACAACAUCCUUGUAUACGGAGCAGGACUUUAUUCCUUCUUCAACAACUACGACGGCACCUGCAAUGCACAGAAUGGCCCCGAGAACUGUCAACCAAAUAUCUUUGACCUUGAAGGAACCGUCGAAUCCAUCGAGGUCUACUGUUUAAGCACCGUCGGCGUGCAAAACAUGAUCAGCCAAAAUGGCAAUUCUCUGGCGCUUUCUAAUAAUAACGUUGAUGUUUUUACUGACACCAUCUCCUUGUUCCAAAUCCCGGCCUAG